AUGACUAUUCUCUCCACUGCAUUUCUAAAGGGACUGCAGCAAACCAACCAGGACGCUAAAGCUGCUGAGUUCACAAUGAAGCUGGUGCCAAACCUCCUCCUUUGCUUGCUGCUGCUGGUGCAACUGUAUCACACUGAAACAACAGAUGAAGAACCACAGCCACCUAAAGGGCCUUGUGCAAAUUGGAUGGGAGGAGCACCAGGCUACCCAGGCCACAACGGCGUCCCAGGCAGAGAUGGAAAGGAUGGGAAAGAUGGGCAAAAGGGAGAGAACGGAGAGCCAGGUGAGCCAGGCCCCAAAGGGGAUACUGGAGAGGGAGGAGCUCCUGGCACUGAAGGCCCAAGAGGAUUUCCAGGAAUCCCAGGGAUGAAAGGGGAGAAGGGAGAAGGUGCUUAUGUUUACCGAUCUGCCUUCAGCGUUGGGCUCACAAGCAGAGCCCCCGUCCCCAACAUUCCCAUCAGAUUCACAAAAAUCUUCUACAAUGAACAAAAUCACUACGAUGAAACCACAGGGAAGUUCCGCUGCAGCAUCCCAGGCCUGUACUAUUUCGCAUACCACCUCACUGUGUAUAUAACAGAUGUGAAAGUCAGUCUGUACAAGAAGGACAAGGUAGUGCUAUUCACCUAUGAUCAGUUCCAGAAAAACAAUGUCGACCAAGCUUCCGGGUCUAUUUUGCUUCACCUGAGUGCCGGAGAAGAAGUUUGGCUUCAAGUGUAUGGAGAAGAAGAAAAAGAAAACAAUGGUAUCUAUGCUGAUAAUAUCAAUGAUUCUACUUUCACGGGUUUCCUCCUUUAUCCAGACUUGGAUCUUCAUUAA